GGCGGUCUCUCGAGCACCCAACGACGACGGUGCGUCGGUGGCCGGCAUACAAAUUACGGUCUCCACGUGUUUUCCAUGACGGCACAUUGUGUUUUACUCCUGUGUUUUCGUUAGAUAGUCCUCUUUUGCAACGAUGUUCAAAGCUCAAAUCCGUGUUUUGACUGUGUUUACUCCUGUACUUUGAUAACGACUUAUUUGUCAGCUCCGGCCGAACGUGCAUCUAAGGAAGGAAAAAUGCAGGAGUACGCAAAAAUUUGUUUGCUGGUCUCCGUCUUCGCCGCCGUGAGAGAAUUCCGACCCAUAGAACCAUUCUUCACUGCUUUUUUAACGAGUCCUGCUGCAAACUUAACAAAUCAAGAUGUUAGAGAACAAGUUUAUCCAUACGGAACCUAUUCUUGUUUGGCACAAGUCAUUGUGGUCUUCCUCGUCACCGACUAUCUCCGUUACAAACCUAUGAUCGUGCUUGGCAGUGUCGCUGGGUGUUCUCUUUACGCGCUUCUUCUGGAACAUCCUCCACUAUGGAGGAUUAAGAUAUCUCAACUUUUGUUUGGACUUUUCUCGGCAGCGCAUGUUGCAUACUUCUCGUACAUGUAUGCACGAAUCGAGGAUAAAAGAUUGUAUCAAAAGGUCACCGGUUAUGCUCGCGCCUCGCUCCUUGUGGGAAAAUUCCUCAAUGGUUUAGUUGCGCAGUUGUGUAUUUCGUAUGGUAUCUUGCAGUACGAGCAACUACUGUACUUAAGUAUUGCAGGAACUGUGGUAACUCUUUUGAUAAGUUUAUUCUUCCCUCCUGUGAAGCACAGUACUUAUUUUCACAAGAAAAAGUUCAAGACUGAUCAGAAAGUCGAUUAUGAUGUCAUUCGAGGGAAUUCAGAUUCCAGAGCUCCAGACGAUGCACAAGAUGCUUAUGACACAGGUGACAACUCACACCGAGAAAGUCUCACUGAAUGCACGAAAAAUGAUUCAGUUAUAUCGCACUUAUGGCAUGACUUCAAGACUGCUUUCUCGAAUCCAAUUGUAAUAAAAUGGGCUUCUUGGCUGGUCUUCGCUAAAGGAUGCCAUUUUUUGGUGUUGACUUAUAAUCAAAUUUUAUGGCAAACCGUGGCAAAGGAACAAAAAACUGUCCCUCUGAUGAAUGGAGCGGUUGAGGCUAUUUCCACGAUCACAAGUGCUGGGGCAGCUUACAUAGUUGCCAGGAUGUCGAGUGACUGGCGAAAGGGGCACAGCACAUUUUUAUUCCUCAGCUGUAUAUGUUGCAGUGCUCUUUUGUUCUACUGCGGUUUAUCCACCAACUUGUGGACUGUUUACAUCGCUUACAUUGCCUAUAGUUUUAUUUUCCAGUCUACGCUCACCGUUACUGAGUCGCAAAUAGCGCAGAACAUACAGCGCGACAGUUACGCUUUGGUGUUCGGGUUCCUGAAUUUCUUGGCUUUCAGUUUGACAAGUUUAUUCACAGUUUUCGUUAUUCAGCAUUCAUUCCUUCGAGAGAAGCCCACCGCCCAUCAACAGUUUGAGAUUUAUGGCGUCAUCCUGUUCGUGCUAGCGGGAGUUGUCGCAUUCGAGAGUGUUGUCACUUCGUGUAGACAGAGAUCCAGCGGCCCCCGGGACGCACAUACCACAGCCUGAUUGCGUAGAUAAUAAUGAAAAUUUGAUCUCAAGAGUCGUGGCGAUUUUGCAAGCAGGAAACGCUUUUCCCUCCAAUCACAUCAGUUAAAAAUAUCGAUUUUAGGUAGAGCAAGCUGUCAAGUAACGCCAAGAAACGCCCCAGUAGCAACUAUACUGUUAUACAAACUUUUAAAAAACUCCUAAAUUUAAAAAAGACAGCUCUUAAAAAAACUGUUAAAUGUUCGCUUCGAGAAACUCUUUUAGGGUAUUUUUUUAAAGUACGUAAAAUUUACGAGCAGUAAAAUUUAAGGAAAAAAAGUUAAAAAAUAACUCUUGAAACAUCAAUUGUAGUUUUUGGACACUAAAAAUGUUUGAAAAAAUGUUAAAAAAACUACAAUGAUAUUUUAAGAGUUUUUCAACACUUUUUUCUCUUGAAUUUUACUAAAAAGUAGCCAAAAAAAGGGCUCUCUAAUUCGAACAUUUUAACAGUUUUUCAGAGUUUUUAAAAAUUGUUUUUAAGGCUCAUUGCUUCUAGGGCGAUUAUUUUACAUACAUUUAAAUGGAGAAAAACAGUUUUGCCAAUUUUCAAAAAUCGUCGCUGCUCAAAAAUACAAGUAAAUGUAAUCGAGGAUCACUAGACAGGGUAAGAACUACAACCCCUCAAGAUAUUAUGUUCCCUCGUCGAAAUUCGCAUUUGAUGCGGUUGACAAGAUAAAUGCAUGUAAGAGCUGAUCAG